GCGAACGGAAUAAUAGCAAAGAAGAACAUCAAGGAAGCUGCAAGUGUGGGCGGCUCUGUCAGAUGUUCAACAUCAAAACAACAUUAUUAGCGCGUCAGAUGCAUUUACGACUGCACUGACAUUUAAACAAAUUUGGUUAGAUGUAUACUGUAUUGUAAGUCCUACUAAAAGUAACCUGAUGUAUAGCUUAUACUGUUUACGGUCUUUCGCUCAAUAGCUAUCUCAAAAUCGCCAUUUUAAUUUCUGGUUGUGCCUUGGGCGGUGGGUUGAGGGGCCAGUGUCAAAAUAGCUGCUAGCUGGGUUGCUCACUGUUUUAGACGUUAACCCAGUACAACGAGCUUUUAAAAUAUCAUGCUAGCUGUCUAACAAGCUUGGCUACAUGUUUGGUAGCUCAUGGUAGUAGUUUCAAAUUACGACGUUAGUCGCUUGGCUAACUAGCUACCUGGCUAUCUAGUUGGCUAACAACAAGCCUUAUCAGAUAAUCAACUGUAGCUUGUAGUACUGGCUAGCUACCUAGAGGACUUUAUACAACAACCAAACUGGAUAAAACGUUGGAUUUGGUCGGUUUUAAGUCGGGCUCAGCGGGUUCGCUGACCCCACAGAAGAGGAUGAAGAAGAGGAAGGAACUCGAUGCAUUAAUCGGACUUGGGGACAGUAAAAGGAAGAAAACCAAAAAGGGGUCCGGCCACAGGCUCCUCAGAACCGAGCCUCCACUAGACUCAGAAUCCGAAUCAAGUUCAGAUGAUGAUGAAUUCAGCAACCUUGCUACUGUCGCUGCUUUUGGAAAAAGAAGUUACGUGAAGUGCUGCAAUGUCUGCUAUCCCUUGUUCCUGUUCAUCAUACUGGCUGCCUGUGUUACGGCUUGUGCCGGACUGAUAUGGAUGCAGAUUGCCCUGAAAGAAGAUCUAGACUCCCUCAAAGAAAAGCUGCAUACAAUGGAAUCCGGCCAGAAGGUGUCGUCACAUGAAAUACCAAAACUAAUUGAAGAUCUGAAGACAAAGCAGAGAAAACUGGAGGACAUUGAAAUUGGAGACAAGGGUCUGAACAAACUGUGGUCCAACCUUACAGAGAUGAACAGAAAGAUCAGUUUUCUGGACACUGCGGUGAACCAUCUAAAGGCCAAUAUCAAAUCAGCCUCAGACUUAAUCAACCUUCCAACCACAGUUGAAGAGCUCCAAAAGAGUGUGGCUUCAAUCGGCAGCACUUUAACCAGUGUGCAGCAUGAUGUCAAGACAAUACAGACGGCCCUUGAGGACCAGAAGAAAGAAACAGACGACCUCAAGAAGACCAUGGAUGCCGAGGCUAAAGAAUCAAAUAUGAAAUCGACAGCCUCAGUUGAAAAAGAAACAAGCAACCGCUCAUCAACGUUAGCUCAAAACCAGGAUGUAACUCACCUGAGAGAGGUUGUGAGCGAGGUUAACAAGACCCAAGGGCUGUACCACUCCUGGACUGGUGACCAGAUCCAGAAUCUCCAAACCGCUGUGUCCAACCUCACUCAGAGGGUGUCUUCCAUGGAGCAGGGCUCACCUCAGACAACACCACACAGUGACCUUGUGGAGGUAGUUGAACAAUUGCCUGUCAGUGGAGAUGCAACAGAACCGGUGAAGGACCUGGUCACAGAGAGGGACACCAAUGCAGAUGGACUUAAAGCAGCAACUUCAGAAGCUACACAUGAAAAAUCCACAGGUUCAAAGCCAACGAGGCGUCCAUGGUUUUUGACUCCAAACCGCACCAAGAGAGAGUCUGGAACAGAAAUCCCAAAGACUGUGUCAUUCACUGGAGUCAGCUCUCUGAAAGAUCUCAAAGAGCUCUUUGAGCGCUCGGGUACCGACCCCACCUCUCAGGGGAUGUCUUACCAAGUCCUGAAGAAAUUAUUUGACACAGCAACGCCAGAUCCCCAAAGCCUGAAACACUACGACAAAGACGGUGACCAGAGGUUCUCACUGGCUGAAAUGAAAGCUGCUGCAGGUCUGUGAGAAGAGGAGUGGCAGAGGCAACAGUGGAAGGAGAAGUGGUCUCUGGUGUGUGUGGAGUGCCUCACAGUGAAGAUGGUUGCACUUUUAUUGGACUGAGUAUUUAAUAACGAACUGAAUGUUGAACGGUAGCACUGGCAUGCCCCCCCCCACACACACACACACACACACACACACACACACACACACACACUCACGCCUCACUCUGGUCCUACACUUUUCAGAAAUAUUUGUUUUAUUCAUUUAUGACCAGUUGAUGUCAAAUGAAUUGCUGAGAAGGGUCAAAAUAUCACCUAUUAUAAUGUAGUUCCUACCACACACACACUCCCAUUUUAGGGAAGUUCAGAUCGUCUUUGCUUAUUUUCUGUCUUCUUUAUACGUGUUUUGUUGUAAGUCUUGAGUUAUUUUCUGCAUUCUUAUUUGGAUUUUAAUGUAACACAGAGACUGUAGACAUAUCCUUAACCCAACCAUAGUUUAUUUUUAAGUUGUUUUUAAGUCUGCAAUAUUUGAAGGGCUAUAAACACACACUUUUAACUAGUUCAGAAUGAAUCAUGUUGAAAUAUUAACUCCUGAAGCAUAUGUAGCAAUAAUACAAUGUAAAUGAGCUUAUACUAACGGACUAUAGUGAUCACUUCAAUUUGCAGUAUAUAUACAGUACCAGUCAAAAGUUUGGACACCUACUCAUUCAAGGGUUUUUCUUUAUUUUUACUAUUUCCUACAUUGUAGAGUCAUAGUGAAGACAUAAACUAUGAAACACAUAUGGAAUCAUGUAGUAACCAAAAAAGUGUUAAAUAUAUUUUAGAUUCUUCAAAGUAGCAACCCUUUGCCUUCGACAGCUUUGCCUUCUCUCCAACCAGCUUAACCUGGAAUACUUUUCCAACAGUCUUGAAGGAGUUCCCACAUAUGCUGAGCACUUGUUGACUGCUUUUCCUUCACUCUGCGGCCCAACUCAUCCCAACACAUCUCAAUUGGGUUGAGGU